AUGCAAAUUCAAAAACCUAAAACUAAUUUCAUCAAUCCGCACGAAUCGGAGAGAAACUCCAAUUUGAAACUUCAAUCGAAGGUGAGAGAGAGAGAAGGAGAUCGGAAAAUGACUAACGGUGAGACGAAGAAGACGACGUUUCGCAGUGGAAUGAGUGAUGUAUUGAGCGGUGACAUCGCCAAAUCCCCAAAGAAAUCCAGAACUGAUGACCUGAGUUUUCACAGGAUGAACCGUCAGGCAUCGCUGGUACCAUCUCCAAAGCUUCAACAUUAUGUACCAGCCGUAUUCGCCGUCGCCGCGAGAGAGAGAGAUUGGGACCUGUCACCUGUGACGGAGAGCCGCCGUGGAAGAAGGCGAUUGUGA